GUUUUCACUAUGCGGGGGAGGGUGCUUUGAAUAUUUAUGCUACCACGCAAAACAAGAUGGCGGACGAUGCUCCGCUAGUCGACAGUGAAGAAACCCCGGACUUCUCUUACGAUCCAAGGGGUUUAGCACCACGUUAUAGCUUUGAGAAGCAACCGCCAAGGCCGAGCUCUCUGCCUGUUGAAAAUGGCGGUAAUAUAUUUUCUCCAAGACAAGAAACUCUCCCGGAUUUAAUAGCGGCAGUUUUCAUCGUACAUUUCGACACACGGAAAGGCAAUAUAAUAGAGUGGAAAUACCCGAAAGAUGCUGACCUCAGUGGUGUAGAAUUCAAGGCAUUGGUCAGUGGAUCACAUACCAUAACACAGGACUUUGUAUAUUUCAAGACUAAAGACAAUCUAUAUGGUUUGAGCUGUUACGAGAGAAUAUCAGUGGAAAAUGUGGAGGAGCGAGGGUCGCGAAUGAAGUCUGUUGGCAUUCUGUGUGCAAGAUAUACAUCUCUUCAUGAACAUAUGCCAUUUCUGGAAGAUGAAGUAACUAAACAAUUAGACAACCCUGGCCAUUAUGGGGAUCUAGAGGAUUAUUUUCACAGUUUUAAAAACUGCAUUGUUAGAAACAAUUUUGUACCAUCACCACCACCAGAACAUUUGCCUGGUUUAGAAGACGUUCCAAUUUUAAAGAUAACUCACCCAGCUGGCUGUUUUCCUCAGUUUAUAAAUUUCUUUGGAGAAAAAAUCUUUGUUCUUUGGAAGCUUGUACUGCUCCAGAAAAGAAUAUUAUUUUUCUCUCCUCCUCCUGUUGGGGUUGCCUGUUAUAGAGUUUACUGUGCCUGUUUGCUGGCAAGUCAUGGCAUUCCUUUUGGCUUUGAAACUGGUAGCAACCCACUGUUCUUCACAAAUGUCUGCGACAUGUCUGCUUUGCUUAAUGAGCACAAGUACAUAGCAUGUACUACAGAAAAGAUAUUUGAGUCUAAAGAGAAUGUAUGGGACGUGUAUGUUGAUAACCAGAACAUACGAUGCAAACGACACCUGGUGUUCACAGCUCACGCCAAUCAUAAGGAUCGGGAGAGGUUUGAGAUGCUUGAUAUAUACAGACGAGAUCAGUUGAUAACUGGAGGAGAGGUCGUCGAUGAUGAAAAAAUGUACACACGGUAUUUCGUUCAUUUAAACAACACACUUUUCCAAGCGUUAUUCGAAGUGGCGUCAUCGGAGGACAGAAUACUUACGCCUGAGGUGAUACGCCGCGUGGGACUGGACCCGAAAGCUGACAUUCAUUUUUUAGCCGACCUUACUGAACUGUACGGGAUCAAUGUCCAAAUACCGGAACCAACUUGCUGCCCUUUCUACGAACCUCACUAACUGAUCAAAAUAUAAACUCAUUGUACCAAUAUUAUUUUUUAUUCAUAAGGUGGAGAGAAUUUAGAAGUAUCAUUAUCUAAAUAUACAUGGGUCCCUCGCGUGAUCACACUGUUGAUCAGGGGCCGGUUCCUGAAAGGCCGAUUACCUUAACCCCCGAUCAGCGCCUAAUCCCGGGUUAAAAUUCGCUAAUCGUAGGUCAGCUAACCGACGGAUAACUCACCGUUCCCGAAAGCCAAGUAAUCCCCCGAAUUACUAACCCUGGAUUAAACGAGUGAAAAACUGGUUUGAGGAGUAAAAUUCACACAGGGUACCCAGUAUAUCAACAGAAAGCAACUUAAAUUUACCUUUGGUGGUUUUAUUUUCGCAGAAAAGCCCCAAAACACCUCUACAUCACCUGUAAUUACCUCCAUUUCAUGGCCAAAAAAGUGUCAUUUGCAGGAUUCGAGUUGGUGCGUGACACUAGCGAGACAGAUUCAUUUCAAGUACAAAUUUCAUGUAACUUUCUGUCUGUCUCAGCACAAUUUUCAAGUCAGCAUCGCAACGAAGGUCACAUAAUAAAGCGAAAUGUUAGGAUAUUUGAUCCCUACAUUGUUUUGUGUAACGUCUUUUUUGUCGACAACUUUAUUUUAUAAGCUUUAGUUCUACUACAAAGUUUGGGAGGCCUGUGUUACGCCAACCAAACAGUUGGUUAGCGAGUUAACCCACCUCGCGAGGUUAGAUUUUACCUCCAAACUGACCCAGAGUUAGCGCUAACCAGCGUUUCGGGAACGGAACUAAUCUGGGGGUAAAAAUUUAAUCGUGGGUUAGGGUUAAUUUAACCCUGGAUUAGCGCAAAUCGGCUUUUCAGGAACCGGCCCCAGUAGUCAAGGCAUGCUCGAGGAUCCAGCGUACUUUGCGGGCGCUCCCAAAGGUCAUUACCCAGUGUUUUGGAACUCAAAAUUGUUAUAAACUUUUCCAGCGGCUCUUUUGCGGGGGUGACCUUUGGGAGCGCCCGCAAAGUACGCUGGAUCCUCGAGCAUGUAUUGUAAUAAAGCAAGCAGUGCAAUUUAGCAAUUGCUAGGAGGGUUAAAUAAUUUAAAUUCUUGGCGCAAAUAAAUGCAAUAGAUAGCACUAAAGUGCAGAAACCUAUAUCUAAUGAAUGGACCCUUAGGCCAAGUAAAAAUAUACAAAUGUUUUCCGUUCCCGCCCGCGUCAUAUUUUUGGGCGGCUUAAAAAAUAUUAUUUGUUAUUUCUAACUAAAAGAUUAUAAGCCUCUUAUUUCGCCAUUUUAUCGACUUUGCGUCGUAUUCGUCAGUGAAUAAAACACUUGCUUCGUGAAGCAAGAUGGCUUCUGUUUGCGUUUUGAGACGCAUUCAAAAUUCCCCUGUCUGAAAGGUCCUUUGGAAGACAAUAAUAAAAAUUCAGGAAAUAAGAUAAAAACCCACCCGCUCGUUCUUUUUUUCUAGAAAUCCGGACGGGAAACAUUUGAUUGCGAGGCUUGGUUUUCUAAUGAUGCAGUACUUAAGAAAGUACGCUUUUUUCUGGGGAUAUUUUUCUUUUCCUGGUAAAAUAGACUUCUCCUCGCGAACGCCAGCCAAGAGAAAUACCCAGAAAAGAGGCCUCUGCCAGCAGGGAAGGUCCUAAUACAAUAUGGCAUAAGAAGUUGGAACGCAAAGAUAGCUCAGCGAAAACAAGGUGCUAGAAAAAAUAUGGGAUGGGGGGGGGGGGGGGUCGAGUUUCCGCACGCUCUACGCCUUGGAACACUUGGAUAACAGAAAUAGAGAAUUAAAAUGGUUUCAGAAUAUUAUAUUUCAGAAUAUGUAGAUAAACAUAAUUGUAUUACUAUCGCCAUAGAGAGGUUUAAUUUCUAUUAAUAAAAUUCCUUACAUUGCUUUAAA